AUGACGGCAGCGGCAGCAGCGGGAGAGAAUGACUUGGUCUUGAAUUCUCCAGAGAGUCCCUCGGUGAGUGGUCUGUAUCGUCAAUUGAUUCAGAGCCACUGUGAAUCCUACCAUCCCAUCAAUGACAAGUCAAAUGACAUGGACAAAGACAAGCCCAACCAAGAGCAAACAGAUUUCAUCCAAGACAAGAUUGUCACUGCCAUGACCAACCAAGGAUCCAAAUUCUGGAUGUGGAAACAGCAACAGCAACAGCAGAACAGUCUCUUGGUGCUCUUGGAUCCAAAUCAGAAUCCUUCCCACAAAAGUCACAUUCUCGCCAGAAUUCAUUCCGAUCUCGUUCUCACCUACAACCGACUCAAGUGCAAACUCAAUCAGAAACAGAUCGUUCCAUCCCAUUGUCUUCCCUCGGAAAAGGAUGUCGUGCUGGGAGAAGGAAAGGCGCUCUAUGAACCUACUUUUUAUCAGACUCUCAUGGACAACCACCAAAAAACGUACCAUCUCAUUACCAACGCAAGUCUAUGGAACACCCGACUCAAGUACAUUCAGACUCACAUCAUACAACCCAUUCAAAGCAAACAAGGACGCUUCUGGCUCAAAAAGGAAAACAGCUCUUCCACUCCCACUUCUUCGUGCUGGGAACUUUUACAUCCAAACAAACCCACUCACCAAAAACUCAUCUUCUACAGUAUUCAUAGAGGAUUCACUGAUCGACAACAUGACAUCACUACCAAUGACAACAAUGACAGUAUCGCCUUUGCUGCCAUUGUCUCUCCGGACAAACAUCUACCGCCCACUCACAACGACAACGAUAUCGCCGAUAAUACCGUCUCCGCAUCAUCCGUCACCUUGCAAACAACACCCCAGUCGCAACCAGACUAUGACGAACUCGAUGCUCUUGAUCUAGAUGCAUUCGAAGGGGCAGAAGUGGAGGAUUACAUGAACAUGACAUUCGACAUGGACGAGGCCGCCACUGCUGUGGAUGGAACCGUUGCAGAGGAACCCGAUUUCAAUAUUGGAGAUCCCAACAGUCAUCCCUGGAUGAUGCAGGGAACUGAGACUGCCCACAGCAAUGACAACACUAAUUGUGUCACUCCAGAAGCUACAGUUCACUCAAACAACAACAACACAAAAACUACUACUAGCACCAGAAGAAAAUCUGCACGCAAACCGAAACCGACAAGGAGGGCAUCCGAGGCUUCCACGGCCGCCAGAAAGUCCAAAAGAACUUCCAGGCGCGCAUCAGCUUCUGCUUCUGCUUCUGCUUACGACGAACAAAGCUUGGACACGGAACACGAAGACGAACUGUACACCGUCCCCAGCCGCACUGCCGAAAAGAGAAAACCUUUGCCACCAUCGACCAUCGAAUACCUAAAGGCAUGGAUGAUGAGCCCACAACACAUUGAUCAUCCAUACCCAACCGAACAAGAAAAGGAAAAGAUUAUGGCUGAUACGGGAAUUGAAACAAAGCAGCUCACCAACUGGUUCACAAACAACCGAAAACGAUACUGGAAACCAGCAACAGGGGCUGCAGACAACCAGGCCAAGGUGUCGCCAACAAACACGCCGAAAAGAGGAAAGGAACUUCCCGCGCUCACACCAAUCAGGGGGAAACAGCUCCCACCUCCACCGCCUGUUCUGGGGCCCACAAGGGCUUCAACUAGGCGAGCUUCGGCAUCCAAGAAAAAACUGACAGUGACAAAGAGUAGCAGCGUGGCGGCUGCGGCAGCAACCAAGAAGGCCGCUGGCACUCGCGGAAGAGGCAAGCAGCUGGCAAACAUCUCACAAGUCCCCUCACAUGCCCCUUCGUCCGCAGGUCCAGUACGCACCCACAUCAUGUCGAGAGAAAUCAUCACGGAACGGGCAAUGGCUCCAAACAAGAUGGACGCUGUGUUUGGACGAGGCAGAAAGAAAGACAAUGUUCGAAAUGGGUCCUUGUAUCGUAGUCUGAUUGAAGCAUACUGGUUGCCUUACAGCCGAUUGGACACCUCCGACAUUGCCCGUCGUCGAGCAUAUGUCAGAGAGAAGAUCCUCGAUGUGAUUCUCAACAACAAUGGACGUUUCAUCAUGCGAGAUGGACCAGAUAUGAUGCGCCAGUUGGAUCCCAAUGACUCCACGGACAUCAAGCAGAUCUUCAAGAAAGUACAGCGAAGUCUAUUCAACGAGAAAAAGCGGCAAGAGGAUAUGGGAACUCCCAUGAACGUUGACGUUGAUACCAACUUUGAUCCAACUCCGGAUUUUGCUUUCAGCAGCAAGCAAAGAGAUGGUGAAGUCCUUUCAGCUGAAGAAGAAAACGAAGUCAGUGUCCCAGAAGCUGACGCGCAUGUCACUGAACCAACCCAUGGUGUUGUUGCUUCUGGUGUUGAUCAAAUCGACUUCUCGGAAGAAGCAGCAUUCGGCGACGGAGCAGGACUGACAGAAACCGUGGACAUGGAUUUUGACAUGGCGGAGGAAGCUACUGCAGAAUUUGCCUUGGUGAGAAUGGACGUUGUGGAACGUCAGGACGCUGCAGAAGAUAUCAAGACCUUGCCGGAAGCCAUUGCUGGAAGAGAAGUAUUGGGCACCAUUUUGGAGGUUCCGCCGGCUCCUGCUACAGAAGGGGGUAGUCGAGUUGUUGGAUCUGAGCUAACUGGUGACACUGGCUCGGACGCUGAAGAUGAUUUUCAGGCUAUGCCUGGGUCGCUGGUCCAUGCUGCUUCAGAGGAUAGCGAGCCUACAUCCGUGGAUGACUUGGGAGGAAGCAGCCAAGACGCCCCUCAUCCCGGCACUGUGGCCCACAGCUCGAGUCCGAAGGAAUUGGGUCGAACCGAGUGCGAGUCCUUAGAGCGGAACUUUCCACCCCGAAGCCAAGAAUCCUCCACCCAUGAUUCGGCGGUGGAAUCGUUUGGUGAUGCGGAUGCAGGAGGUGAUGUGGCCGAGGCUGCUGCCGCGCAUGAAGUUAAUCUGUCGCAAAAAGGCAAGCUUUGUCAAGACGGCAAUAUCAGGCAACGAAAACGAGCCCAUGACGAUGUCGCGUGCGACCAGGAGAGUCCGCGGAAACUACAGAAAAGUUCUUCUGGGGAUGGUCGAGAAGAACGGGUCUAUGCGUGUUCGGGACAGGGAAGCGAACAACGCAAGCACCACACGAAGCAAGUGGAAUUGUUGAGCAGUGAUUUGACUGCAGCACAAAAGGAAAUUGCGUGGUUGCGCAGCGAAUUGCUUCGAAGUCGGAAACACAACACGACGAACGAGGCAAAUGCUGCUAGGAUGGGCGCAGAGCUGGAACGGCUGCAAGUUGAAAUGCGUAAAGUGGAGCAAACCAAUGCAGCUUUGCAGGUGGCUUUGUCGAAUCAAGAAGAAAGAAGUGUGGAGCUCGAAAAUGAUUUGAUGGAUGAACAAGACCGAAACACACAGCGUCUGGUAGAGCACCAGACUGACAUGGAGCGUGAACGCAAGGCCCAACUGCAACAACACCAAGCCGACUUGAGGCAGCUAAGAGGUAGGAUCGCGGCUCUGGAGGCGGACUUGAAGCUUGAACGAGAGAAAAGUGCCCGUCCCAUUCAACAACAUGGUGUUGCACUACAAGCGGAAGUCGCAACCAGUGCCCUGUGCUAG